GGCCCUCCUCCUCCUCCUCCUCCUCCUCCACUACCACCACCACCGGCGUGCGUGCGUGUGGGGUAUAUGUGGGUGGGUGGGUGUGUGCCUGCCAUAUGCUUUGCCGGGGUAAAUAAUAAUCACAGUGGGAUUGAUCGAUGGAUAAUUCGAGAUAGAGAAUAGAGGUAGCCAGACAGGCACGGGGGGCUUCUUUCUCUUCCCCUCCUCUUUCUCUCCCUCACUCUCCCUCACCCACUCACACACACUCUCUCCUUUCCGUGGGCUCUCGCGCACUCGCCAAGCGAUAGGGAAUACGCUAACAAGUAGGCUAGGCGCGAGAGAAUCGGUGCGCAACGGUUUCGUACAACCACAGGAGAACGGGGAGAUGGACUGAGGAAUGCAUAACAGCCCAUACCGAGUCUCAUCUGCAGCUCGUCCGCAUUUUAUGGAGAGGGGAAGGACUGAAGAUCGACAAACGAAUUCGCAAUGACGCAUGUAAAGGCUCUUCCCGUUCGACCUGUCUCGCUCGAGCGAGUGAAUUGGACUCCGGUUCGACCGGUUCGUUUCAAUUAGGGAUAACUCGAGGGGAAACAAAAAAAAACAUUUAACCACCCCCUCCCCCUCCUCAAAAGGGUUGCGGAUUGAAUUUCCAUACCUCCAGUCUAAAAAAAAUAAAAAAUGUGAUACCGGCUCUUCCAAGUAAAGGCGAAGUACAGUAUAUCAUAACCAAGGCCACCGGCGUCCUACUUCCCGGAGCAAUGAUGAUAUGAUCAGGGUACAAGCCAUAACUUUCAUUACAUUUUGAAUUCAGUGCAUUGGGGGAGAGUCACGAGUUUUCUGUUCUAUUCCGCCCUCAUCUGCCGGCCGUUAAGGAUGACUCCCGCUCUGCAACCUGCAGAAAGAAGCGAAAGGGACCCGGUGUCUACAGGCGCUACUUCCUUUCGGCAAAGUGUGCAAGCAUCAUACUACGGUACAGUGGACAUGUUUCCACGCACUGCGCACGUACUCGUACUGUAUUUAUGUGCGUCUGGCUUUUUUCUUCUUCUUUCUUUCCUUUUCCCUCUUGUUCCCCAAAAGCAGCAGGGUUCGUUCGAACCGGUAGUAAUUUCAAUUAAGAAUUUGAGAGAGGUUAGGUGCUGGGAUAUUCGAGAGCAAAACCCUCCUGCCUUUAAUCAGGAUGCGAUAUGACAUGUCGCCGAGUGAUGGUGGCUGGCUGAGACCCAAAACGUUCAAGAUGCUCGUGAUGAGGCUCAACAAAAGGGAGGGGAAGGAACAAUGAGGGCUUUUGAGGGGAAAGGGAGGAAAAAGGGAAAGCACGCCGCACCCCAGCACUCGCAAAGGCAAAAGGAAAAGGAAAAGCAAAGGGAAAGGAGGAGGAAGAAGAAGAAGAAAAGAGGAAUCGAGGAGAAAAACAAAGUGAUAAUGAUAAGAAUGCAGGUGUAAUGGAGAAAAAUGAACAUAUCCUACCGGUAUCUUACCGGUAUGGUACUGUGCGAGUAGGUUAACCCUAUCACCAACAAUUGUGCGAUUGAGAGAAUCUGGGAUUGCCCCGCAGCGGCCGCCCCGGCAACUUGCCUCCCCCUCGUCCACUACGGGAUGAUAUGAUACCCAAGCAAUCCCGAGCCCACCAUCUCCACCCACCAUCCCACUCAACACAUAAGAAGCUACCGCAUCACCAUGAGCAACACCAUACGAGCAAAUCUCUCCGGCCCCUCCAUCCGCUGGCUACUCUCGAAACCCAUCGCCUCCUCCCCCGCCACCUCCUGCUGCUCCUCCUCAAUAGUACCUCGUAUCAGGCUGCGUCGCCGGUACCAUUCCUACCAACACCCAGCCCCGGGUCCACCCUUCUCGAGGCCCGAAUCAGCCAUCCUAUCCGCCUCUCUCCUCCACGUUCCGUCACAUGGAUUCACCGAUGCAGCACUUUCCUUCGGUGCCCGUGAUGCCGGCUAUCUCGACAUCUCGGUUAAUAUGUUUUCCCGAGGAGUGUUCGACCUCGUACGCUAUCAUCUUUCCACUGAGCGUCUCCGAUUAGGUGACAAGGUUGACUUUCGGAAACCCGAGCCCGAGCUGCCGGAGGGGUUGAGGAAUCUGAGCAUCCCCGCUAAAAUCAGAGUCCUGUGUAUGGAACGCCUUAGGGCGAAUGCUCCUAUCAUCCACAGAUGGCAAGAGGUGCGGCCCCCCCCUUUUCUCCAUUUCUAUUAUUUUUUGAUUUGCUUUCCAAUUGCAGAUUUUGUUGAAAUUGACUGAUGUGGUUUCAAUGGAUUUGUUGAUGAAGGCACUUGCUGUCAUGUCACUAGCUGAGAAUAUACCCGCAUCCGUGUCGGAAUUGGCUAGGCUCUCGGAUGAGAUAUGGUUUCUCGCUGGAGAUGGAUGCCACGACACAACUUGGUACACCAAGCGUGCCACGCUCUCUGCGGUUUAUGCGAGCACUGGUAAGGAAAAUUUCCUCCCCGAUCGCUCGACGUCCAACACAACCUUUCCCCUAUUUUCCUCCUCCUUUCAUUCGAUACGGAUCUUCAACCUAACCUUUUUUCUUCGUUUCCUCAUUCUUACAACAUGAUAGAAUUGUUCAUGACACAGGACAAUUCCAAUGACUUUGAGGCUACAUGGGAGUUCCUGGACCGGCGGCUCAAUGAGGUGGAGGCCGCCGGAUCAGCCGUAUCCAACGUCUCGUCAUAUCUUGAUUUCACGGUCCAUGCACUUGCAAAUGUGCUCCGUUCGAAAAGCCUUCCGUUCUUUUGAACGCAAAAGCCGGCCAAGGCUUGCUCUCUAACUCCUGCUCCGUUCACUUUAUAUCACAUUUGUUCGCCUCUGGGGGAGGUGUAUCUAUCACCUUGUUGUGUAUAUACCAGUGCCAUAGAACAAGUAAUGAAUUGCAUAUCGGGUUUCAUCAGCAGAGUAGCCAUGGGGCAUGCAUUUUGUGGAUGAGGUGUGAAGGGGAGACUGGUUGAUUGAUUUCCGUUGUUGUCGUUCAGGUACGAGCACAAUUGUAUACGGUGCUCGAGUACACACCCGGCAUACAAACAUUGCGAACCAAUGGAGUGAAAAAGGAAG